AUGGAGAGGGUGGUCGCCCCCCCCCACUCCUCCUCAGAGGAGUGGGAGGAGCUGCUGGAGGGCAGCAUCCACACCGCGGACGACGUGCGCGACUUCUUCGAUCGAUGGCAGGCGAGGAACGCUCUCCUGGUGCGGGACUAUCUGGCGCGGCGCAACGCGGCGAGCAGGGAGCGGCUGGAAGGUCACAUGGCCCACAUGAUGCGCAUCUGGGAGGGGCUGUACCAGCGGCUGGGCCUCCUCGUGCUGGCCGUGGUGCUGGAGCUGGUGGUCCAGCGAGGGUCGCAGGCGGGGCCGCCAGACCUCGCAGCGGCCAAGCUGCUGCGCCUGGUGUCCAGCGAGAACCUGUCGAAGAUGGGGGCGAUGGUACGUGAGGAAAGCGCCGCGCGCGCCGCUCCCGGGCGCGAGUGCCAGGAGGCGGUGGCGGAGCUGAUGGGGCUGGGUAGUCUCCCAUGCGGCGGGGAGCAGCUCAGUAUGGGGGCUUCAGCCUCCCUCACCCUGCGCGUGAGUACCCUGGAGAUCAGGGGGCUGGCAGAGCAGGUGAGCAAGCACGCGAGCUGGAACCUGCAGCAACUGGUGGAGUGGCACACCAAGUGGAAGACGAGCGUCGGGACGCUCGGCUACGCGCUGGCCUUCUCUUGGGGGCGUGGGGCUGCGGUCGACUUCCCUGAGAUCAUGAGGGCCAUGGUGGAGCAGGCUUGGGCGCAGGAGGCUGGGGUGACAGAGUUUGAGGAGAAGACCGGUAUGGCCGGUCCGGUCUUGUGUGGCAAUCGGGCAGAGGACUGA